AUGACAGUAGAUCAUGAAGAAGUCAAGUUAAGGAAACUUGGGAUAAAGAUACUUGCUAUUUUAUUUUUUUGUUUAGCCCCUUUAGUAAGUAUUGGGAUUGGUAUGGGGAUUGGAAUUCACGUCGAAUUAUUUCCUUUAUGGAAAAACUAUAAUAUAUAUAUAAGUAGUGUUAAUGAAAGAAUUAGGACAUACUAUAUGGGAUAUAGUGAUACACUUCUUCAUAAUUUCGCAUGUGAUAGCAAUCCCCCUUAUAACGAGAAAUUAGAUAUGAUAAAAUAUAUAAGGAAUUUAGAAGUAGUCAUCUCAGCCUAUCCUUAUUCUUUUUGUUACUAUUUAUAUGAUAACAAUAGAAUCGAUUUUGGAACUUUUAAUUAUUUAAAAAAUGGUAAUCUUUCUUUUUAUCUUUAUCUUGCUAAUAUAGAUCCCGUUGUUUCUGAUAUAAAUAUGUGUAUGGAUGAACUAGUUCCAGGUUCAUUAGCAGCUCAGUCUAUUUUUCUUAAAGAUCCAAUAGUAAAUUCAAAAGUUCAGAUUUGGAUUUGGCAUCAAGUACUAAUUAAUUAUACAUCUGCAUAUCUUGGAGUAAUACCUCCAAUUUCACCAAGUUUUAUUCCUAAUUUUGGUCCUAAUACACUGAUUUGCAGUCAUUUUAUUAUGUUAGAUAUAUCAGGAGGACCUAAAAUGACAGGAGUUGUUAUUAAUGGAACGGAAUAUCAAGCUCCUUUAUAUAAGAUCAAUUCAAUUGCUUCUAUAAUUUAUAAAAACAAAGAUAGCAUAUAUAUUAAGGAUAUGCGAGAUUUAAACAGGAGUUAUGCUAAUUCUAGUACUGAGGUUUCCCCCAUACUACUUUUAAAACCAGCUCUAGCUAGGAAGCUUCAAUCAAUUAUUUAUCGUGGAUUUCCUUUUCUUAAAAAUGAUCAACUAAAAUUUUCGAGAAGUGAUAUCUAUCACAAAAAUAAUGGACAUUAUACAAUAAAAAAUGGAAUUAUAAACAAAAGUAGACCAGAAGUUACAAAUAAUCCCAUAGAAAAAGAAAAAAUAACAAAUCCUGCAGUUUUUAAUGGGUUUGAUUAUAAUAGUUCGUCAUAUUUAAAUUUAAAUGAUACUAAGGGAAAUAUAUCGAAUAUAAUUUCCGAAUUUUUGGGAAGAAGAACAAUAUAUGUUCCAACUUCACCUUUACUUAGUGCAAUUCAAGUUUAUACUACUGGGAUGAAGGAGAUUAAACGUAACGCAAAAAUUCGCAUUGACUCAAUUAUCUCAACCAUUAUUAUUUUGACAAGUGUAAUGUUCGGAAUUGUUGUAGUAGCUGCCCUUUUGAUUUUAUAUCCCUUAAUUAUAGUUGAAAAAAUAAAAACUAAAAAGAUUUUUUCACAUAGAGCUUAUGUUAUUGAAAAACGAUAUGAACAUCUACAAAAGGUAUUCUUGGAGGAAACUAAGAAAUCUGUCAGUACCAUUCCAUCUAUAUUUCUUGGUUUAACGAACAAAAUACAGAAGUCUUUGGUAGAAAUUAAACUUACAAAAUUACAUAAUAAUUACCAAAAUGUAUAUAAGGAUAAAGAGACAAAUAUUGGGUUAGAAGAUGAAGAAUCCAAAUACAAAUCAUAUGACUUAUAUAUUCGCCAAAUUUUAGAAAUUAUUGACUAUAAUAAUUUUGAAAUAUGGAAAUUGAACUUUUUUUUAUUUCAUAUUCUGAAAAUGCAAUUAUAUAUAAGUUCAGAAUCUAAUUUUUUUACUCAUGAAUUUAAGGAAACUUAUCAACAAGCUUUUAAGGGAAUUCCUGAGUUUUUUAAUUCAAUUUUUGAAGACAAUCCAGAGCUUUAUAUGAAAAAUAUUGAAGAGAACAGAGUAUCACUAUUAUCAUUCGUAGAAUUUUGUACUUUACUUUUGUCAAGUCAGUAUAGUAAAUCAAAGAUUAAUUAUAAUUUAAAUUUUAAUAAACCUUAUGAUCAACUCAAUAUCUUGAUUUCUCAAGAAGCUAGUGUAAUCAUUUAUUUCAUUACCUCUACAGUAUUAUUUUAUACAGCUACUAGUUAUGGAGAACCAACAAGCGUGAAUAUAUUGGUAAACGAUGACAAUUCUAUUUGCUUCACUAUUAAACUCAAAAGUGGAGAUAUAAAUCUAAAUUCUAGUCAGAUAUAUGAUGAAAUAAAUCAACUUAUUGGGAAAAAAUCGAGAACUCCUUUUAUAUCGAAAAUACAGAAAGGAAUUGAACCUCGUGAACCUAAUGCAAGGAGAGCUAAUAGUAUUUUAGAAGUAUAUCUUAUCGAAAAUCCUAGUUGGCUUAUUUCCUUAAUUGAAAUGCAUAAACUGAAUGUUACUUCCAAUGUAAUUGAAGACAAAAUAUCUAUAUUGAUAAAAUACAAACAAUAUACACAACCUUUAUAUGUAACUACUGAGAAAGGCUACAAUAGUAGUCCAAUUGUUAACUCAGAAGAAAUUGAUAAUAAUGAUAACUUUGCUAUUUUCCUUGUUGAAAACACAGGUAUAUAUUCAUUUUACAGAAGUAUACUACUUAAAAUUGUCGGGAGUCUAAAUACAAACCUACAUAUUUUUAAUAAUACUUUAGAGCUAAAAAAUAGUAUGCUUUCAUUUAACUUAGCAACUUUAAUAAUAUUUGUAGAUUCUAGGUUUUCAGAAAUGAGAAGUUUAACUCAACUUCUAUAUAAUAAACAAUUUUGUAACUCCCUCCCUCAGCUACAUGUCAUCAUUGUAUGGUUGGAUACUUCGGAUGACUUGGAAAUUAAAAAUUUUAGAAGGAAUAAUCCAGAUUUAUGUCAAGUGUCAGAUCAAGUCUUUACUCCCAAUCAAUUGCCAUAUUUAAAGAAGGUCAAACUCUUACUAGAGGCACAGAAUUUACCAUCUAAGAACUUAAGUAGAAGGCUUUCAACAAAGCAAUAUUCAGCUAAUUCAACACAUGAAAUUCUCAAUGAUACUACACAAUAUAUGGCAAAUAUACAAACACUAAGAAGAAAAUCAAACGUAAUUGGGUGUGAAGUAAAAGAAAUAAUUCUGACUCAGCCUAUAUUAUUAGCAUCAAUAGAAAAUAUAAUUGACAAGUAUAUAUUUCAUAGAAAUAUAUACUUGGCUAAAACAUUCAAUAAAAUUGAAGAUUCAUGCAAAAAUUGGGAUGAAUACAUUAGAAAUAUAACAAAGAAACAAUUACAUUAUAUAAAAGCUAGUCAACUAAACUUUUGUUUUGGAGGUAAAUUUAUAGAUCAAAAUACUGUUGUUACCAAAUAUUCAGAUAAUAAAAUUCAGCCACUAAUCUCUGAAAACAGUUCUUAUAAUUCACUGAAAAGACGUGGAAUGCCAUCAUGUAUUAUAUUUAACAUAAUUCGUUUUCAUCAAGUAACAAAUAUUAAAAAUUUUAUAAAUAGUGUAUAUAAGACAAACAUGAAUGCUAAUAUAUCUCUUAACAUACCUAAUCAAACAACUUACUGGAUCCCACCUUCAUUUAUAGAUUGGACAACAGACUUAACACCCAUAGUUGAGAUGUCUUACAGACAAGUAAGGUAUCACUUACAAAGUAUUGUAGAAAGCCUUGUUAUUCCAAUACAUAAAUGUGAAACUGAUAAAGAAAUAAAAAAAAAGGUAAGUCUACUUAUGGAAAUAUGGGAUAUUUUAGCAUAUAACAUUCAGAUUGAUGAAGAUACAAAGCACUACUUAUCAUAUUAUGGACCACAUCUUGUAUUACAUAGUCUAGUAGUAUUUAGAGGAUUUAUGAAUUAUUCGAUAGAGGUAAUCCAAAGCAUUUCAGAUAAUUCAGAUAUGAUCAUUACAUUUAUAAUAUGCUUUAUGGCAUUACCAUUAUGUAAACCUGGAAUAUCAUCCAAUAUUUUAUGUGAUACUAAUUCCCCUUUAGCUUUACAUACAAAUGAUAUUGCAACUAUUGAAAGUUAUACAUCUAGUAUAGUAUCCAACUUGAUUAAACUUCCUAAAUUCAAAAAUCUCCUUAUUAAUCAAGAGAUUUACAACCAAAUAAUAAUUAAUGCAAUUUUAUCGCUAAACCCAAGAAUUUCAAAUGAUAUUCAAGAAUGGCUACUAACUAGUGCUAGAAUUUUUCAAAAUCAACAAGAGGAGUCAAACAUUAACUACUACUCCUUAAAUACUGUUAUUAGGGCAUCUUCACCCAUAAUAGUCCAAUUAGUUGCUAGCGAUCCAAAGAAAUUACUCAUUCCUAUUGUCUUCAAUACAGUUAUGCACAGUCAUGUUGCAUUUACACCGGAAUAUUCUAUAUUAUGGACUAAAAAGUGGUUAAAACAGAAGUAUUGGGAAAAUCAAAUAGAGCAUGCUUUUACUGAAUAUUCUACCUCCCUAAAAAAUUAUUUAGAUGUCAACUUUAAAUAUAGUUAUACUAGAUUAUCUAAUGGAAAUGAUUUAUAUACAGAUAUCUCAAUUUCUUGGUUUACAUCAUUACUCAUAUAUAAUAAACUUUACUAUACUUCGAGUGAUUCUGAUGAUGAAUUUCUCAAUAAAGCAAUAAAUAAUAUAAGUUCAAAUUAUACAAAUUGGAAUCAGGGUAUAAUUAAUCGACCAUGGGAUAUAUGA